GAUGGAAGUUGGUGGAAUACGUACCUCUCGGAUCCGAAGGGUUGCCUGUUUUAGGGGAGGCACGGCCCGCGGGGCUGGACCCGACCCAUUUUCUUUCUGCACCUACCCGUUCAUAUCGACUGAGGGGUAGCUCCGAUAAGAAACACGGCAGGAACAAUCUAAUGCCCAGCCUGCCAGGGUCAUUCUAUUUUAACAUUUUCCAGACUUCUAUGCGUAGACAUUAUUGACUUAGAAUUUACAACUGCUGUCGAACAUGACCCCAGAAGAAUACAAACGUCGCGCUGAGGCGCUAGUUCCUAAAUUUCACUUUGAACGUAUAUUGAAUCAAGGCGCUGCCGGACGGGAAAUUACACUAUAUGGACAAGUCGACUCACAACCCGCCCUCCUCAUAUUGGAACGCGCCCCUUUCCCCGACGCAGAAGAGUACCUCUCCGCCUUGCCUUCUAAUCUACGAAGUAUAACGAAUUUGGGAAAUAAUGAUAUAUAUUCUUGGUCACUUGCGUCAGGUGGUCCGAUUCUCGAGGACAACGAGAAUGACAAAUUCGCCGACUUCAAGAUAUCCAUGAUCUGUCCUUGCACAGACAAGCACAUUAAGAAGCACAGCAGACAAGGCUUCCGCGUUGUCACGGAGACGCCAGAGAUCUAUCGUGACAAGGUGCGGCCGUACAUGCAAGUAAAUCGAGAGGAAGGAAGAUUGAACUGGGUUUUCAAUAUUAUCGAAGGGCGCAAAGAAACAGAAGAUGUCAUAUACAGAACGCCGUUGGGGAGAGACGGGGACGAAGGUUUCCUAAUGCUACCAAACCUCCACUGGGACCGAAAAACAAUCGAAGCAUUGUAUUUACUGGGUAUAGUCGAAAGACGCGAUAUCUGGAGCCUGCGAGACCUCAAAAAGAAACACAUUCCGUGGCUUAGACACAUGAAGGCCAAACUCAUAGACGCCACGGUCAAGACAUAUCCUCAGAUCGACACAGAUCAGCUGAAGCUGUUCUGCCAUUACCAUCCAACGUACUACCAUUUCCAUAUCCACGUUGUACACGUCAUGCUAGAGGCGACUGCUACCCAAUCAGUUGGGAAGGCGAUUGGGCUAGACAGCAUCAUCGAACAGCUCGAAUCCAUGCAAGGGGAUAGUGAAACUGGUAUGGAUAGUGUUUCGCUAAGUUACACGCUGGGCGAGGCAUCGGAUUUAUGGAUGGAAAUAUUCGAACCACUUAAGAGCGCUGGUAGAGCUUCUCAAUCUCAAUAACAAGGUCGUUCACGGCCGGCCCGUGAUUGCAAUCUGACCACUCUCCGCCAUCUCUAAUG